AUGGAGGCUGCUGAGCUCAUUGCCCUCACGGAAGCAUGUAAGUUAGCUGAUGGCUCAUCUGUUACCAUCUUCACGGACUCAAGACUCCUACGCCAGGACACUCAAUUCAGGCGACCCAUCUCAGUGCGGAAACGUGUCGGAGUUGGGCUGUAUUGGCUAGCAACGGGGGCAGGAUACUGCACGCUGGCUAACCUGUUUGGCAUCGCCAAGUCCUCUGUGUGCGCAAUUGUGCACGAAUUUUGCAAGGCCGUGCGCCAAGUCCUCAUGCCCGAGUUCAUAAAACUGCCCGAAGGAGAUGCCCUCCAGAAGGUCCUACAAGGCUUCCAAAUGAGGUGUGGUUUUCCACAGUGCGCUGGAGCAAUUGACGGGAGUCAUAUCCCCAUCAUUGCCCCAGAAGAAAAUCACGUUGACUACUUCAAUCGCAAAGGAUGGCAUUCGGUUAUUCUGCAGGGAGUUGUAGAUCAUGAGUUCUGUUUCACCAACAUCUACACGGGAUGGCCUGGAAGUGUCCAUGAUGCCAGGGUUCUUAGGAAUUCCUGUGUCUUUGCAUUGGCAGAGAGAGGGGAGCUUUUUCCACCAGACACAGUGGAGAUCAACGGUGUCCAAGUACCAAUCAUGCUGCUUGGUGACCCGGCGUACCCCAUGCGGAGCUGGCUGAUUAAAGGGUACACAGAUACAGGGAACCUGACAGUGCAGCAAAGGUACUUCAACAAGCGACACAGCAGAGCCAGGGUUACGGUGGAAUGUGCAUUCGGCCGACUGAAGGGGCGAUGGAGAUGCCUGGGGAAACGGCUGGAUGUGGACAUCUCUACUGUCCCUACCAUCAUAAGUGCAUGCUGCACUCUCCACAAUGUGUGCGAGAAGCAUGGUGAGGCCUAUGAGGAACCUGGUCAAGCUAUUCUUCAGGACAACAGGAUAGCAGAUGGAGAGGCACAAGAUGCUGCUGAGCCAACAAGAGUCAGAGAGGCACUGGCAGAGUUUUUUUACAGCCAACACUGA